AUGCAAGCUCUAGUACAGCAAGGUAUGGAAGGGAUGAUAUAUAGCUCUAGAGACAUUUUCCUACUCAAUCAGUUUCCUUGUAAAAUGGUCGAGAUAGUAGCUUGGGUAGCAGGAGUAGAUCAUAAGGAAUCCGCAAUGACGGUCACACUUGAUGAUGGAGACGGCAUACAUGUCCUUCCUGUCUUGAUUCGAUUAUCACUUAUGAAACCUCCCAAGUCCACUUCCGUCAAACCUUCUAAAAGCCUCUCUGUCUCUACAUCUUUCCUUACACCUGGCGAACGUCGAGAAGCGAAAAGAAAAGCUGCAGAAGAAUCAAUAGAAUCUGUUAGAGUAUCAAAAUGGUCCGACACAAAGGUGUAUGAAAGGAAAGAUGUCAGAGUUGGAGAUACAGUUCGGGUAAUAGGUAAAGUGGAUGAAUGGAUAAGAAGGAAAUCAGAUGGAAGCAGUGAAUGGGUAAGACAAGUGGUUGUGGAUGAAAAUGCCGGAGGAUCAAUGAUCGUGGUAGAUCCAGAUGAUCAAUUUAUCCAUACAGCUCAAGUGCACAAACUCCAUCACAUUUUAUAUUCACGUCCUUUCCUCAUCCCAGAUCUCUCUAAUUCGAAUCGAUUUAAUAUAUCUUCACCCUAUAAGGACUCAUCCAUGAUCGAUCCAAGCUUUUCUGUUGGUUUCGAAACUACAUUGACGAGUGAAGCUCCUAGUGAAUUAAGUAUGAUAGACGCAGAACCAGAACUACGUGAUCCUACGAAACUCCGUUCAUCCCAACUUACAGAUCGAACUUUCCGUCAAUACAUGUUAGAUCACAUGACACAAGAGACUGUUCGAGCCUUAAUUCAAGCUUCUGAAAUUGGAUCAACAAAACUUCGCCAAGAACUCGAAAAUUUCUUCCCCGAAUAUCGAAAUACCAACAAAUCAGCUGGUAAAAGGAAGAGUGUAUUGAAGAGUAGUUAUGGAUCCGACACCGUCGGCAUCUUCACACCAAGUACUCGAAUGAAUACGUUACCCGCUGAAAGCCCAGUCACCCCAACGCAGAAAUCGUUUAUAUCUCGUAAAUCCACUCGUCUCACAUCCUCCAUGACCUCGACACCAAACAUCCUUCAAGCAUUUACCCCUAUCUCACUGCUUUCUAACGAUCGAUUGUAUACCCUUGCGAGGCUAGUAGUAGACAAUGAAGCACGUAAAGAAGACAGACGAAGACGGCGAAGAAUCAGAGAUGGUACAGCUACCAAGAAAGAUUUUGUUUUGGAAUCCGAACGUAAAGUUCUCUUAACGAAUGGCGAGGUCGAAGCCUCAACAAUUGAUGACAAGGAAAGACGGAGAAGGAUGGAAAGAUUGGUUUCAUGGGCUAUUAGAGCUAUAUCAGAAGAAGGUUCUUUGGUUCAAGUUACUUUACCUCUUUCUCAGGUUUCAGCAUCAAUCACAUCGUCGGAUAGAUAUGGAUAUCUACCGUUACCUCCACAAUUAUUAUUCCCGUUGUGUGUACCACAUAUGGUCGCUGAAAAAGAGUUGAGAAGUAGGACCAUUAGGAGGAAGAACGAUCCCAAGACCUCAAAUGGGGUGACAGUGGAUGAAUUGACGAUCAUUUUCAAAAGAUGGGGUGAAGAUGGCAGAUGGGAAAGAAUAGGUGAUUGGAACAUUGAAGAUGCCUUGGAAUGGGCACAAAGUAAAGGUCAUCUAAGGAAACAAGGUGUAGGCUGGUGGGUCGUUGAUGAUCACGAUGGAUAA